GGCGCGAGGCGUGCCGGAACCCUGAGGUCCGCUGCUCCGCCGACCCCUGCCGGUCUUCUGACUCCCAGAUUUGCUCUGCUUGACGCCGGAAAAUCGAGGAUCGGUCGGAAGUUCAGGGCAGUUAACUGUUUUCUUCUUGAUAUCUGAGCCCUCACCUCCAAAUCGCUGAAAAUAUUUGUACUGCCCCUGAAACGGUGGGCCUCAGACCCACCUGAAGGUGCAGUUGAAGCGACUCCUGAGAAAAACAUUGCAAGCGUUUUUGCAUACUUUUUUUAAAAAGAGGUCACAGGUUAAGCAUCUGGAGUCUUGACGUUACACCUGGAGAGAGGAGAAUGCAGCCCUUGCACUUGACGGCCAGAAGGACAGGGAAAGCUAUUGUCUGCACACAACAAAAUAAAAUCGGCUCGAAGAAGAAUUCCUCUGCAUGGAAAAUGACAUUUUUAAAUAUCAAACCCAUUGCUUGGGCAUUCUCUCUAAUAACCUUAGGGACUGAAAUGCUGAAUUCUGUCUUCAGUUUCUACUAUGUAAAGCUUUUUUUACAUCUGUACAAGGUUUCAGAAGUGGCCUUUUACCAAGCCCAGAUGAUUUUAAUGAUUUGGAAUGCUCUUAACGACCUGACGGGGUAUUUUCACAACAACUCUAAGGCAGACUGCUGUUCCAGUCGUCACAGUUCUGUUUUGUAUGGUGCCCCUUUAUAUGCAGCAGCCUUCCUGCUUCCUUGGUUCCCCUGGAAAUACUAUCAUGAAGGUGACUGGCUUAGUGGGCUUCACCUGGUGGUAUCAUUAUGCGCUUUUGACAGCACGCUUACCUUUGUUCAGCAAGCCCAGUGUAUACUGUUUGCAGAAAUUUUCACUAGAUACGAAAGUCGGCUUCAGCUUAUUAAAAUCAACCAAGUGGCGUCACUGGUAGGAUCUACCAGUAUCCUCUUCUGUGGCCUCAUCUCUGAUAACAUGGAAAUUUUGCUCAAUUUUCAGGUCAUCGCUGUUGUUGUUGCCAUUUUGGCCACUGCCAGCCUUUAUACUGGCAUGUGCCACCUGAGUCGCUUAGAACCUAAAAGAAGCCCCGAGGAAAACCUUUUCUCAGAAACUGUACAGGAUCUCCCCUGGACUUCUGUCAUCUCAUUGAUGAGACAAAUCUUGACCCAGAAAAACUUUCGCCUUUUUCUGAUAGUGAAUUUCUUCCAAGUCUUCCAUUUAACCUUCUUCAGUAACUUCAUGAUGAUAUUUGUUGAUAACCUCAUUCCCACGGAUGUUCUUCCUUCUUCCAUAAGGAGCAUCAUGUAUGGGGCAGGCUUUAUCUGCCCACAGUGCCUUGUACUUAUCAGCCAGUCCUGGCUGAGGAAGUUUGGUUACUAUAAGAUGAUCUUAUUUUCAUUCUACCUAGAAGGAACAGCCUCCAUUGUCAUGUUGCUUCUUGGACAGCAGUACUAUUACUUUUUGGCUCUGUAUCUCACUGUUAUCAUGGUGAUUGUGCAAGCUUCUUUUUGCUUAUUUAACCUGCCACUGGCUGACAUGGUCGAUGCAGACUUCCUGAAGUUCAAUCGGCAGUCACCCCUUUCCUCCAUGGUCUUUGGCAUCAAUGCUUUAUUUACCAAACCUGCUCAGUCUUUAGCUCCCAUGGUAAUACUCUCAAGGCUAAACCAGUUUGGAUAUGGAAACCCAAACAAAAGGUCAGCUCAAAUCCCACUUCCCUGGGGGAAACUUUUCCAGACUCUAUCUGCAAACACUCUGGUUAUGAGCUCCCAUCUAAAGCAUUGUUUUUUUCCAUCUCAGCAUUCUUUCUUCAUAUGUAAUCAUGGUACAAUCUUAGAUCUUCAUGAGGCCAUGUUUAAUUUGAUUUGCCUGGUCCCAUUGGGCAUCGCAGCAAUUCAGAUCCUGGUUUGGAGCCCCUUCUCCAUCAGGAAGAAGACAGACUACACAGGGGUCUUCUAAGUAUAAUACCAGCCAUUACAAGAGUCAAAUGAAGUUCAGUUGUUUGUUCUCAAAAAGUUUACAUUAUGCCAGGGGGCAAAACUGUUCUUUAUAACCUCGGAUUUGCUUAGAAAAAAAAUAAAUAGACAAAAAAAAGUCUA